GUUUGUCAUGUGAUUUGAUGUGAAAGUUGUGUUGCAUUUGAUUGAUGUAAACAAUGGACACAUCGAGUGAUGAUAUCAUUGAUAAUCUCGAAGAUGACAAUUGCGAAGACACUAAACAUGAAGAAGUUUCGGUUAAAAGGUGUAAAACAAUUGGAUGUGAUUCCAGUGAUUUCUACAAAAUAUUGAAUCAAGUGAUCACCGAAAUUCCUCAACAAAGACCACAACAGAUGUCUAUCGAGUCAUUAGUUCCCGUGAUCUUAAGUGAGGCCACUUUCGAUAGCACCGAAACAAAGAUAUUAGAGGAGAAAGUAUGUAAAAUCUUACAAUUACUUCGGGAAUGUUGGCUAAUAGAGGGCCGUAUGCCGUGUCAUAUAAUAUAUGCGGCUUCAUAUCUGGCCUGGAAAUCAAUCAAACAAUAUGAACGCCGAAAAAUAAAGUUAAAGGACUAUUGCAGACUCAUUGGUAUUGAAUAUAAACACACAACUAGUGAAAGAGUCACCGAACUGGUCAAUGCUAUUAAACGGUUGGCCACACAUCUGCCAAAACAUAAAAGAAAUGUCAAUAAGUGUAACAUUUCUGCUGUUUUGGAUGAAGUCCUCACUUAUCAAUCAUCACUUGUUUUUGAUUAUAAUCAACAAAUUAAACAAAAUUUAUCGGUAAAUGGUAUAACAUUUGUAAAGGAAGACAACCCUAACRUAAAAUCUGGUGAAUUGUGUGAUGACUUUAUACGUGAACCAAAUAUUGCAAAUACUUGUGACACAAAUAGUCAGAAGAUUUCUUUAGAUUGCAGUAAAUCUGAUGAAGAGAUUUCAGACACAGAAAUAGAUAGUUAUUUGAGAACUGAUAAAGAAGUGAAAAUACUUGAGAUCAUUUAA